CUUCAUCUUAACAAUUCGCCAGGUAGAAACAGGCGAAGAAGACUUUGGCGAAAAAGAUACACAACGUACAACUCUUUCACCUGGAGGCUGCAGAAUAUAAAUUGGAAUGUGCUAUGGCAACAAAUCUCUCAUACAAAAUCAGCAGUUUACCUUCAGUUUUGGAUCAUUAUAAGAACAAGAAUGAAGACGUGCAGAAGAAGGAAAUCAAAAAAAGAAAACCAACAAAUGCUAUAAAAACAUUUGAUGAUGAUCAAGAUGAUGAAGAAAAGACUAAAAAAGAAUUUUUAGAAAAGCGCCAUCUGGAGACAUAUGAAGGAUUGUACAGUUUACGAAACACUUUGUAUUUGAAGUACAUCAACCUGCUGAGAAAAAAAGUUCAAAAACAGCAUAGCGAAAUGCAGAAAUGGCAUAAAGCACCUGUAAAACAGCAGAAUACAGGUGACCUGAAAAAAGGUAUCCCAGUACUCCGGAUCCCUUAUUGUAAGCUCUCCAGUGAUGAUCAGUAUCUGGAAAACAUCCCCAAAUCCAAAAAUUAUUUGAUCAUAAGCCUGGAAAAUGAAUUAGCAAAAUCUGGGAUCCUCAAAAACAAAAUUGAUCAUGAACAUUUCCACCAACUGAUACAUCCUAACAUGGGCAAUUUGAAAGAAACACUCCAGGAUAUCAAAUCAAAAGUGACCUCAACAAAGUCAUUCACUUCGUUACAUAUAAGGAAGCCAACCAUUAUGCUGGAAAGAAGAACUAAAGAACAAAGACAAACAAUAAAAAAUUCAGUACCGGUGACAGGACAUCUUCCAAAUAAAGAGAAAAAAACGAACAAAGAAACUAAUGACAUUCUUCCAAAAUUACCGCUGACUGAAUUACUAAUAAGACCAGAAGUGGAGUAUGAGAAAACAGCCCAGAAGUUCACCAGAAAUUUUAGUCCCAGGGAGUCACACAUCUAUAAAGAACAUGUCAUUCAGAUGUAUUCUUUGUCUCUCUGCAACAUGGCCUACUCCAGAAGUCUGAUGGAAAAAAGUGGCCUAUUUUCUGACUUUGAAGAUGAGAGCAACAUUCAUGAUCUGCUGAAAAAUCUGUGCCAAGGUGAGGAUGAACAUGCAGAUGUCCUUCAGAAAAAAGUGAAAAUGACCAAGUCAUCUGAUGGUCAGCACAAGAAAACCCUUAAAUGUAAAAGAAACAGAGAAAGCAGUAAAGCCUCAGCUCUGGAUGAAACAGAAGUUAAACAUAACAAUGAUAGUUUUGAUCAUUCCCUGGAGAAUCAGAAAGUCAUAGUACAAGAAAAGGAGCCUCUUUCCAUAGAGGAAGCAAGAGCAAAUUAUCCUUUACUGGAAGCAAAAACAAUUAAGUACUGGACAAAUUACAUCUACUCUUAAAAAGCUCCAGAUGGAAUUAUUUAAUAGUUUUUGCCAUCUGUUGUGGGGUCAUAUGGCAGGAUACCUGUGAACUGGAUGAAUUACAAUCUGGUAUGAGCUAUAUUGAAGUUUAUCAGAUAUGAAGGCAUUUCAAAUAAUUUCCCUAUUUUAAAUACAUUUAUUUCUAUUUCAUUUGCAUCAUGCACUGCUGAUAUGUGAAUGUGCAAUGUAAUGUUACUUAAAAUAUCCAGUUUUGUAAAUAUUAAACAUUGUAAUAAUA